UGCCGCUGCUGCUCUCUGGGCCUUAGGGGAAAAGAAGGAAGAAGAAGAAGAAGAAAGGAAACACAAGAUAAGCAAGUGGGGGGAAAAAGAAAAGGAGUGAGGAGGACGUAAAGAACUGCAGUGAAGAAGAAAGACAAACUCAAAACACUCAUCUGUAAAGAGAAAACCAAACAAACCUAAAAGCUUCAAAACUGAGAGAGCAGCCCCUAUCCACUCACUUCAUCUCCCGAAGGGGAGAGGAUAGGGUAGUUCACCUUAACAAUCAGAAAUGGUUUAAAAGCCAGCGCAAGGUCCAAUGCAAUAUUCCAAGCUAUUUCUAGUUUCUUCCACCUAAAUUUGGAAGGGUUUCUCGCUGCGGCUGGGGAUUGUCUGACUGGAAGUGGUGAACGUUAAGGAUCCGCUGGAGCCCGGGGGAAAGGGAGCUUUGAAAGAGAAGUUGUGUUGAUUGGGGUGGUUUCCCGAGGAGGAGAAAGGACGAUGGGCUGGAGGAGUCGGUUCUGCCUGGGGCGAUUGGACCUGCUCUGUGUGUUGGCCCUCCUUUUGGGCUGCCUGCUGCCGGUGUGUAGGACUCGCGUGUACACCAACCACUGGGCUGUAAAGAUCGCUGGGGGAUUCCAGGAAGCCAACAGGAUAGCUAGCAAAUACGGAUUCAUCAACAUUGGACAGAUUGGCGCACUGAAAGAUUACUAUCACUUUUACCAUAGUAGGACAAUUAAAAGGUCUGUUCUCUCAAGCCGAGGUACCCACAGCUUCAUUUCAAUGGAACCAAAGGUUGAGUGGAUACAACAGCAAGUGGUUAAAAAAAGGAUAAAGAGGGACUUUGAACUCAGUGGUGCUCAGUCUACUUACUUCAAUGAUCCCAAGUGGCCAAGCAUGUGGUAUAUGCACUGCAGUGAUAACACUCACCCCUGUCAGUCAGAUAUGAACAUUGAAGGGGCUUGGAAGAGAGGUUACACUGGAAGAGAUGUUGUGGUCACUAUCUUGGAUGAUGGCAUCGAAAGGACUCAUCCAGAUUUGGUGAAGAACUACGACUCUCAAGCAAGUUUCGAUGUGAAUGGGAAUGAUUUUGACCCAAUGCCUCGUUACGAUGCAAGCAAUGAGAACAAACAUGGGACCCGUUGUGCUGGGGAAGUGGCAGCUGCAGCAAACAACUCACACUGCACAGUAGGAAUUGCAUUCAACGCCAAGAUUGGAGGAGUACGAAUGCUAGAUGGAGAUGUGACAGAUAUGGUCGAAGCAAAAUCUGUCGGCUUUAAUCCCCAAUAUGUGGCCAUCUACAGUGCUAGUUGGGGUCCAGAUGAUGAUGGCAAGACAGUAGAUGGACCUGCUCCUCUAACUCGGCAAGCUUUUGAGACUGGUGUAAGAUUGGGACGAAGAGGCCUCGGCUCUGUUUUCGUCUGGGCAUCUGGAAAUGGAGGAAGAAGUAAAGACCACUGCUCCUGUGAUGGGUACACCAACAGCAUCUACACUAUCUCAAUAAGUAGUACUGCUGAAAGUGGGAAGAAACCAUGGUAUCUGGAAGAGUGUUCAUCUACACUGGCCACAACGUAUAGCAGUGGAGAAUCCUACGAUAAGAAAAUCAUCACCACAGACCUGAGGCAGCGUUGCACGGACAACCAUACAGGAACAUCAGCCUCAGCCCCUAUGGCUGCCGGCAUCAUCGCCCUGGCCUUGGAAGCCAAUCCGUUUCUGACCUGGAGAGAUGUGCAGCAUGUUAUUGUAAGGACUUCCCGUGCAGGACAUUUGAGCGCUAAUGACUGGAAAACCAAUGCUGCUGGUUUUAAGGUGAGCCACCUCUAUGGAUUUGGGCUGAUGGAUGCAGAAGCCAUGGUGAUGGAAGCUGAAAAGUGGACCACUGUCCCCCAGCAGCACGUGUGUGUGGAGAGCACUGACCGGCAAAUCAAAACCAUACGACCCAGCAGUGCCGUCCGCUCCAUUUACAAAGCUUCUGGCUGCUCCGACAACCCCAACCACCAUGUGAACUACCUGGAGCAUGUGGUCGUACGCAUCACCAUUACCCACCCUCGAAGGGGAGAUCUGGCCAUCUAUCUGACCUCACCUUCAGGAACCAGGUCCCAGCUCUUGGCCAACAGGCUAUUUGAUCAUUCUAUGGAAGGAUUCAAAAACUGGGAGUUUAUGACUAUUCAUUGCUGGGGAGAAAAAGCAGCAGGUGACUGGGUGCUGGAAGUUUAUGAUACGCCAUCUCAGCUGAGGAACUUCAAGACCCCAGGCAAAUUGAAAGAAUGGUCUUUGGUCCUCUAUGGAACAUCCAUUCAGCCUUAUUCUCCAACAAAUGACUUUCCCAGAGUGGAACGUGUACGCUCUAGUCGAGUGGAGGACCCUACAGAAGACUAUGUUACAGAUGAUUAUGCAGGUCCUUGUGACCCUGAGUGCAGUAAAGUAGGAUGUGAUGGACCAGGACCAGAUCACUGCAAUGACUGCCUGCACUACUACUACAAACUGAAAAACAAUACACGAAUCUGUGUCUCAAGCUGUCCCCCGGGUCACUACCAUGCAGACAAGAAGCGCUGUAGAAAAUGUGCCCCCAGUUGUGAGUCUUGUAUUGGAAGCCAUAGUAACCAAUGCCUGUCUUGCAAAUAUGGCUACUUCCUGAAUGAAGAAACCAAUUCCUGUGUCACCACCUGCCCAGAUGGAUUUUACCAGGAUAUGAAUAAAAACCUUUGCCGGAAAUGCAGUGAAAACUGCAGGACAUGUACUGAUUCUCAGAACUGCACUGAAUGCAGACAUGGCUUAAGCCUACAUGGAUCCAGAUGUACUGUCACCUGUGAAGAUGGAAAAUACUACAGUGGAAAGGACUGUGAGCCAUGCCACCGUUUCUGUGCCACCUGUUCAGGGGCAGGAGCUGAUACAUGCAUUACCUGCAGUGAGGGUUACUUCAUGGAAGAUGGGAAGUGUGUGCAGACCUGCAGUAAUAGUUAUUAUUUUGACCACUCUUUAGAGAGUGGCUACAAAUCCUGCAAAAGGUAAGACAACAGAUGUGUUUCAUGCACAGGACCUGGAUUCAAAUCCUGUCUCUACUGCUAACCAUUUGCAUAUGUGCUGGAUCUGGGCACAUGUUAAACAACUGGCUUUUGUUCCCCAGGGGAAUACAUUGAUGACCUGGGCCUCUGCCUACGCUGUGAUGCCUCUUGUUUCACGUGCCGGGGUCCGACUCGAGAGAACUGCACUAGCUGCCCCAUUACAAGGUUCUUCGACAAUGGCCGCUGUGUCCUGACCUGUCCUUCAGGGAAAUUUGAAUUUCACAACCAAUGCCUUCCAUGUCAUCACACUUGCCAAGAAUGCCAAGGAAGUGAGCCCUUUAACUGUACCUCCUGUAGCACAGACAAGCAUGGGAAGAAACGCUUCCUGUACCUGGGUGAGUGCCGGGAAGGCUGCCCUGCCGGGUACCACCAUUCUGACCACACCUGCCUGCCCUGCCCUGAGAACUGUGAGCUCUGCACUAGCUCUUCAUACUGCACUCGAUGUCUGCAAGGAUACUACAUCUUACCUACAAACAACAUCUGUCAGAAGUUAGAAUGCAAAGAAGGGGAAGUGAAAGAUCCAGACUAUGAAGACUGCAUGCUUUGUGAAGAAGGAUGCCUGGGCUGCACCUUGGAUGAUCCAGGAACCUGUACAUCCUGCGCUACGGGAUAUUACUUGUUCAAGCAGCACUGCUAUCAAACUUGUCCUGAGAAGACCUACAGUGAAGAUUUUGAAUGUAGAGAGUGCAGUGAAUAUUGUGGGGACUGCGACCAGAAUGAGUGCUACUGGUGUGAAGAGGGGUUUUAUCUUUUCGGUGGCGUUUGUGUCAGAGAGUGUGGCCCUGGUUUCUACAGUGACACUGAAAUGGGAGAGUGUGAGCCGUGUCACCGAACCUGCAAAACCUGCACAGGGCUUGGCUAUGAUAAGUGCAGCAGCUGCAAAGAAGAUUUACAGCUGGUGGAUGGGAAAUGUGUGGACCCAUCCAAGACCCCAGGACGAGACACAUUGGAGAGCGGUAACUGGAAAAAACAUCAACUUUGUGAUCCUUCUUGUAAAACCUGUAAUGGAUCAGACAUUCUAUGCACCUCCUGUCAUAAAGGAACCUAUCUUUUCUCUCAGUCCUGCAUCCCUUCCUGUCCCCAAGGAACAUGGCCCUCAGAGAAGAAUGGGAGAUGUGAGAAAUGCACAGAGGAUUGUGAGUCCUGCUCUACAAUGAAUAACUGUAUGAAGUGUCUGUCUCGGCCAGACCACCCACUCUACCUGCACCAUGGCAGGUGCUACACGCAGUGCCCUGAGGGGUUUUAUGCAGAAAAUGGCACUUGCAAACCCUGUGACUUAGUUUGUAAAACAUGUGAAGGAAAUGCCACCAACUGCCGCUCAUGUGAAAAGGACCUGGUCUUGGCCCAGGGCGUGUGCCAGAAAUCCUGCCCUGAGAGGCACGUUGCCGUGGACGGGAUGUGCAGACGUUGUCCAGAGAUGUGUCAAAAGUGCAUACAUGAGAAAACAUGUAAAGAAUGCAUGCCUCCUUUCUUCUUGCAUGAUGAAAUGUGCCUUCGGGACUGCCCCCCUGGCUUCUAUGAAGACUUCUACAAGUGUCACCCUUGCAGUGGGAGCUGUAAGGAGUGCAAUGGUCCUGAUGAUGAUGACUGCACAGUCUGCCCUGAUUCCUUGGUCCUCCAUAAUGGAUGGUGUCUGGCUGCAUGCCCAGAUGGGACUUACUAUGAAAAGGCUUCCAGAGACUGCAAAGGUUGCCACGAGACCUGUAAGACUUGUUCUUCUUCUUGGAUGUGUUCUUCUUGUAAAGAAGGCACAGCAAUGACGUGGCUGGGAUCCUGUGUGACUCACAAGGACUGCAGCCCUUCUGAGUACAAGGAUGAGAAGACCCAGAACUGUAAACCUUGUCACAUGAAAUGCUUUCAUUGCACAGGACCUGCUGAAGAUGAGUGCCUCAGCUGCCCCGAUGAGGGCCUUCUUCUCAAUACCACUUGUGUAGAAAAGUGUCCUGAUGGCUACUAUACUGAUAUAGAAAAUCACCGAUGUUCUCCUUGCCAUAGUUCUUGUGAGACGUGUGAAGGGAAGCAUAGCACCCAAUGUCAAUCCUGCCACCCAGGCUGGUUCAGGCUAGAAAACAAAUGUCUGCUAGCAUGUGAGGAAGGAUAUUAUGCAGAUAAUUCCAGUGGACUAUGUGAAAAAUGCAACGAGGACUGCAGAGAGUGCUGGGGCCCUCGCUCCACAAACUGUUUGUCUUGUAACAAGUAUUUCUUCCUGAUUCACUCUAAAGGAGAAUGUCAUCGCAUCUGCCCUGAACACUACUACAUAGAAAACAGGACACAUACCUGUGAGAGAUGUCAUCCGACCUGUAAUGAGUGCAAAGGAAAGGGACCCUUGAACUGCUUAUCUUGCAUGUGGAGCUACCAUCUCUUAGGAGGAAUCUGCAGCUCAGAUUGUCUUACAGGAGAAUACAGAGUAGGCGAGGGAGAAAAUUUUGAAUGUGAUAAAUGCCAUGAGAGCUGUAUUGAGUGCAAGGGCCCAGGCCCUCAAAACUGCACCAUGUGCCCAGCUAAUAUGAUGCUGUAUGAAGAGGAUGGUCGCUGCAUCCCCUGCUGCAGCUCAAAUUUUACAGAUGUUCAGGAUUGCUGUGACUGCCAAGAGACCACAGAGGAGUGCAGCUUUCGAGAUGGUAUGAUUAUUCCCAAGACUGAGAAGUCGAAGAAGACUGGUCUGCUCAUCACUUCCUCCAUCAUGCUGAUCCUCCUCUUUGGGGUCACAAUCUAUGUUUGGAAGAGGUCCCGGGCCAAAUCCCAAAAAGCUCACAAGGCUGGAUAUGAGAAACUCUCAUACCAAAAAAAGUCUUCCUCUUCCUAUAAAAGCAGCUUUCGAGAGAGCACCAACUUCCAAGAGGACCAAGUUAUUGAAUACAGAGACCGGGACUAUGAUGAAGAUGAAGAUGAUGACAUUGUCUACAUGGGUCAAGAUGGCACAGUCUAUCGGAAAUUUAAGUAUGGUCUCCUGGAUGAUGAUGAUGAAGAUGAGUUGGAAUAUGAUGAUGAGAGCUACUCAUUUAAGUAAAUUCAAAUAUAUUGAUAGGAUUACUUUUCCACUCCUAAUUAUUAACUUUGGGGAGUAUUUUUUUGCUGGCAAACCCAGCUCAGGCUUUGUGGACAUCCUUAAAUGUUUUUCUAUUCCUCCAGGUAUUUAAGCUCAGGUAUCACUCCAAAUUCACUCAGAAUCCAAGAGAAAGGCAAAGAUGAAUAGAUCUUUUCCCUAGGCAUUAUAUUAAAGCACCACUACCCUCACUUCAGUUAACAGCCCAGAGUGAAAAUACGUGUUUUCUACUAGUUGCAAGUGAUCAAACAUUUCCUACAGACCUUCCAUUUCCACACUACACAAAGGAGUUGGGAGUGACCUCUCGGACUUUCUAAAACUUCCUGGUGUACUCUUAAUAUUUUUGUGACUUUUUUUAACUGUUUAUUUUUAGUUUUGUCCCAGAGUCAAAUUGUGAGAAUUAACAAAAAAUCACCCCUUCUUCUUAUCACAGACUCCUAAACUCUCUCUCUCACACACAUACACACACACACACACACACACACAGAGGUUGGCAUUUGGCACAUGCUACAGUGGAGUAGAUCUGCUGCAGAAGUUGUCAGCUAUUGCUUAUAUUCUCUUACAAGAUUUAGAGAAGCAUUGUCAAGGGAGAACAAUGGAGGGUUUCCUAGGCUUAAUAGCUCUUUGAAAUGCUACAGGCUGACAAUAAUGUUUAGGGACCAAAGGACCACAAAUGGCAGGGUGAGGAGGCAGGCAGUAAUGAGCACAGGCAGAAGAAAACUGUGAGAUUUCCAAAGAGCACAACUGUCUCUCUUUUACUGGUGUUGUUGUUUUCUCCAAGAGCCCAAGACUAUCUAUUCUGGAGAACCAGUUAAAAACAUUGAGAAAUAGAAGAUAAUUGGCAAUGCCAACCCCCAAACAGAUGUGAUAAAAAAAAAAGAUAUCCUCUCUCCUUAAAACCACUUUAGCUACAAAAUCAGAGAGGCUUUUCAAAACAGGUUUUCAGAUCUGCUGACUUGAUAGAGCAUUUGGAAAAAGAGUCUAAGGCUAAAGGAAGGAGCCAGCAUUUGGCUUCUUAGACUACAAAUUUAUGUCCUCUGUCUGUCUCUCUGUCUGUCUGUCUCUCUCUCUCUGUCUCUGUCUAUCUGUCUCUCUCUCUCUCUCUUUCUCUCUCUCAUUCUCUUUCAACACUUUCUUGCAAGACUUUUGUUUCUAUAACAUUCCACACUUGCAUAAAAUAUAUUUUAGCCCGAGUUUUAGAAUUCUUUCAAAAAGGAGGGGGGGAGGCUUUCCUGAAAUAAACAAUGACAUGAGAAGAACCCUUACUAUACAAAAUAUUUAAAGCAAAGCCCUUUUUAUUUAUUGGCUUGUUUUGGAGUCUCCUGCCAAACUGAAGUCUGCACAGAGACUUUGAGUCGGAAUAACUCUCAGCUUCAGAAAUGUCAAUAGUGAUCAUAUUUAGCCUUCCCAUCAAAUUGUUCCCCUAAGAAAAACUACACCCCAACCAUGGUGGCCAGAACUAGAUGGUGCUGCUGUUCUUCCCAUUAGAAGUUAAAAAAAAAAAUCCUAGAGGUAGAGGCAAGGAUAAGAAUAUCAGGAAAUAAAUGAACCAUUUUUGGAUAAAUUGCAAGUUAUGUACAGUGGGAUGGAGGUUGAGGGAGAAGGAAAUAGUGUGAAGUAAAAAUAUGCCUCUGUAUGGUUUUUUCUCCUCACCCUUGUGACUUUUUUUUUUUUUUAAAAAUCAGUAUUUUUGUAAUACUUGAAUUAUCUUCCUUUAAAGCAAGCAUCUUCUUAAUGAAAAGUGUAACUACCUAUAUUCAUGGUAAAAAAUUCUUUCUUGGAACUCUUGUGUCCCCUUAAUAAAACCCUCUUUCAAAAAGCUAACUUUAAAGCCUAUAUCAGAGGUUUUGCUCUUUUUUUGGUGUUAUGGAUCCUUUUGGCAGCUCAGUGAAACCUAUGGGCCCCUUUUCAGAAUAAUAUUUUUAAGUGAAUAAAAUAAAAUACAUAGGAUUACAAAGGAAGUCAAUUAUAUUAAAAUAUAGUUAUCAAAAAUGUUUUACAAAGCAAGUUUGUGGACUCAAGGUUAAAAACCCUUCAGCUAUUUACACACACACACGUGCACACACACACACUCAAUAUACAUUGUGGAAUCAUGCAUCAACUAAAAUUGUCUCCACUAUUGGGGAGAGGAGUGGCAGAGCAUCACACCUGCAAUUUCAUAUGUAUAAGGAAUUCAAAUGAGCAAAUUUCCUCUAGGAUCAUCAUCUACUCUGCAACUUCCAUGGUUUUUUUGUUUUUGUUUUUGUUUUUGUUUGCUUUUUGGUGAGGUGAUC